AUGGCGAAGGUCGAAGCCAUCGAACGGAGACCGUUACAGUGCUACAGGUGCCUUGGGAUAGGACACACGGGGAAGACCUGCACCGCCAAGGAGGACAAGGGACACCUGUGCUUCAGAUGCGGCGAACCAGGGCACGAGGCGAGAGCAUGCACUACUGCGAGCCCGAAAUGCCUGUUCUGCGAGGCGCUUGGAGCACCGUCGGUGCACAGGAUGGGGGGACCAGCCUGCGCCCCCUCGAAGAAAGGAACGAAAGGAGCCGCCCGCGGAUCCACGGCUGCAAGAGGCAGCGAGAAAGGCUCCCCGUCGCAAAGAGACCCUAAGCCCGCGAACAAGGAGGUAGGCACGGAGGAAGCCACGCACAAGGAAAGGACACCAAGGAACUGA